AUGAAAGCUAUCGUAGUCCACAAACCUGGAGAUUCUUCUGAGAUGAAAUACGAAGAAAUUCCCAUUCCUGAACCUGGAGAGAGAGAGGUGAGUGCUAUAGUACCGUCACGCGUAUGGCGAUGGGAGGGAGGCGUGGAGGGAUCUCUGAUUUUGCAGGUACACCGCGGGUGUCACUAAGGGUCCUGCAGCUUGUUAUCUCAAUCCUAUAAAGCCGCAACCACAUUUUCAACGAGGAAGUUCAAGCUAGCGUCCGGCCGAGUGGUGUGAGAUGGGACGUUCAGCUUUGCUUCAGUUCUAUAAAUUUUAGACCACAAAUGACUUCAGAUUAAAAUUAGCUCAAAAAUUGUUUACUGGACUAUACUCGUAUCGUUUCAUGGAAAACGUCCAAAACUGUCCUGCGGAGAUUUCUUUGAGGCAAAAUUACAAUUGUCAAUAACUUUGCCAACUUUGUGGAAGUGAGCUCCUCCUAACAUUUUGCAGCCACAGGUUACCGUUGAUGAAGCCGAAGCCAUUUAAAAUGUGCACGUAUAAAUAAUUAUGCAUCCUACUAAUGAAGAUUAACUACAUUAAAAUAUUUGCAGGGGCAACAAUAAUUAUAUUAUAGUCUGCCCCCAUUUCAUUAACUUUACUUUUUGUGCGAUUUUAUAACUCUUUGAAAUUCAAUAACUUAGAAAAUAACAGCCCUCAAAUACCCUAGUACAAGAUUGCUGGGCAUCACAUCAUCCGGGGCGUGGGGGGUGGGGGGGUACUCAACAAAGUUUUAUUUAGGGAGGCUCCCCAUCGAAGUCCAAUUACUUCCCCUUUUAUAUGAGGCAGGGAACAGAUUUUUGACCUUGCUGUUACCAACCAAAAAUAUGAUUUUGAUUGUGCUGAGUAUCCAACACCAGAAUUAAUUGAUUGGCAGAAGAGCUGCAGAAACCUGCAUUUAUUUUUGUCUAUUGUCUUUACAGUUAAACUACCGUAACCUGCAGGGCCACCUAGACAAAGUUGACCAAUCCCAGGAUUGACAAAGCUACAUGCAUUGGCAGCCAGUUUGCAAGCUGCCAAUGUAUAUAGCUUUGUUGAGUACCCUCAUUAAAGGGAGGCAUACUGGGUCCCUCUAAGCCUGAAUUUCAAAUACCAUUGUUUCACAUUUUGAGGAGAAGGCUAUAUUCAUGUCGGUAUUUAACCAAUCUUUAUCUCAUUUGUCACUACAUCUAGUCUUAUAUCCCUGUUUCACUGGUUUGUCGGAAUUUUACCUUUAUGGGGCUUCUUUGCUAUGAAAAGCAAAAGUUUGCAGAAUGUUUCAUUUACAUCUUCUCAAUAAAGUUAUGACUCACUUUCUAUGAAUGUUUGCAAAUUAUGUAGACUCUGGGUUGGACUUGACAUGUAGCAGUAUUUUUUUGCUAUGCAGCCCUUUUCUUGAAAAUAUUUUGUCAUUUAUAAUAACAUAUUCUUUUGUUAGGCAUUGGUGAAGAAUCAUAUCUGUGGUAUAAAUUACCUGGAUGUCUACCUAAGAGAUGGGACGUUUCCAACUCCAAAAAUGCCUGCUGUUGCUGGGGUGGAAGGAGCAGGAGUUGUAGAAAAGCUGGGACCUGGUGCUGUAGGUGUGGCCACUGGGGAUCAUGUGGCAUACUUCCAUGUUGGAUCAGGUAACAAUUAAUAUUGAACUUAAGUUUUCUUCAAUUAUAAAGUUUCCCGACUUACCAGUAAUUGGCAACAAAUUAAGUAGUUGAGACACUGCCUUAAAGGGAACCUCCACUUCAACAAAAAGAUAACUUUAAAUCACAGGAAAUAACUGUUACAGUCAAGUCAAUCUAAAAUAUUUUUAAAGAAAGCGUUUGUAUCCGAAAGAAAUAACUUUUAGAUUCGCCUAUUUUUGUGUUCAAAUUUUGCGGGCGUUGCCGUCUUGAAUAAUUGUGACAUGUUAUGGUUGCCCUAUUGUUAUUACACAAAAGCUCUUUGUGUCAGAACAAUAGAGCAACCGUAACACGUCACAAUUAUUGAAGAUGGCGGCUCCCGCGAAAUUUGAAAGUGAAAAUAAGCGAUUUUAAAAUUCACUUUUCCUGAUAUAAACACUUUUUUUAAGGACAAAUUUCGAACAAAUUUGUUUAUCAACAUAAUUUUAUUCGAUUUAAACUUAUUCUGUAGUAAGAGUGGAGGUUCCCUUUAAUGGGCCUCUUCAAAUGACGUUUUGUCAAGUUAAAAAAAGGAGAAUAAAGCUUCCUUCCCCAACCUCCCUCCAUGCAAUCUUGUGCCACUGUUUGAGCUACCUGUAGAAACAACAAACACCUCAACUUUGAUUGGUGGAGGGGGGAGAGGUGUGGACUGUGUGUUCUCUGAAGUUACCCUAUUUGAGUACAAAUAAUUAUGUCUCAACAAUUUUUUUGCUGAUAGCGUAGGAAUUGUUUUAAAAUUUAAAGGCUUUGAUCUGAACUCUUUGGAGGAUAUACAAUUAAACACAAGAAAAUUAUUAGUGUUCCAUCUGAGUCUAAAUGCAGAUCAAAAAUAACGAAAAAAAAAAAUGAGCGUUUGAGCUCCCCUUUCUGGCCAAGUGAAUUCCAUUUCUACUUGUCUUUCCCUUAAUUAUAAUUUGCAUAAAAUGUAAAAUAGCUAAUAACUGGCUAAUGUGAGAGUUGACCAUUAGAGUUUUUAAGGGAGAGUUUGCUAGGCAAUGUACUGUAUUACUCAAAGACAAUGUGAAAGUUUUGUGGACAGUUAAUUCUGUUGGCUUGUGCAUUUUUUUCUUGUAAACUCAGCAAGCUGACAUCCUCUCAGUCUGCUAAAUCCUAUAUCUUUGAAAUUCUUUGAAAUUGCAGGUAGCUAUGCAGAAUACAGUGUUGUUCCUGUGGAGAAGCUUGUCAAAGUUCCAUCCAACAUCUCUUUUGAGCAAGCAGCAACAUCCAUGAUUCAGGGACUGACUGCGCAUUAUCUCACCCAUUCCUGUUACCCUGUGGGGCCUGGAACCAAGGUCUUGGUGCAUGCAGCUGCUGGGGGGACUGGGUCUCUGAUCUGUCAGGUGGCUAAGAAUGCAGGUAAUGAUAACAGGAAAAUUUUUGAGCAAAGUUUCCUGAAUGUGAACUGCAAGGGUGCGUGAUGAUUUAGAGGAGAAGGUUGUACAAGGGUACAGCUUUGAUUAUCUUACUGAAAACUGAAGAAUUAAGCAAACAAAGAAAUUAAUACAAAAGGUAUCAAUGUUUGGGUGGAGAGAGGUGUGGCAUUUUAUGGUCAAAUUCUGGACUUGACUGACAGUUGACUCACCUUUAAGUUUUGAAAGACUCCAGUCCAUGUUCUUGGAAUCCCUCAGCCAGCAGUUCCACAGAUGCAUUCUCAAAAUAUCUGGGAUGAAAGAAUUCCUGUGGUAUUUUCAUUCAAAUCAAACCUCUUUGGAACUAUAGCAAUUAACACAAAUUUUUCAGCUCCAGAGUUUUUAAGUAUAAAGUUCUCAAUUGUAUCCUCUAUACUAAUCCAAGUUGUACCAAACAGGCUACAUUUCAAGCAAUCUCUGUUCCUUCUGUACCCAGGCAUCAGAGUCGCUGUAUCAUCUUUUUUAUUUUUGUCCAUUUUCAAAGACUUUUUCGUUCGAUUUUGAAUCUUUUUGGCACCUACUCACAAAUGAAAAAACACAAUUAUCACUGCAAGACAUUGUGGUAGGAGUAGUGACUACAAAAUGCCCUUCUCAUCAUCUACUUAAUUAUAUGCUUCUCAUUGGUAAAGUUUAUCUGUGGGUCUGUAGAGCAAACAGGACACCGCCAAAGAUACAUGGUUUUAAAAAAAUGAUUGUGGCAAAAUAUGAAACUGAACGACUUAUUAUCGUUGACAGUGAAACAACUAGCUUCAUUACAAGAAAAUGGUUUAUAUCUCUCGAGAAUUUUGUUUGAAAUAGGUAAUUUUUUUUUCUUCUACCUCUGAUUGCCUGUUUAAAUUAAUUGUAACUCCUAUUUGUCGUAACUUGUUAUAACCGCUUAGUUUAGGUGUGACUAGUACUUAGAUGUGAUAUAGUGUCAUUGUUAUCUUAGUGAGUAACUAGUGAUUAGUAGGAAUUAUUGUAAUAACUAUAGUUAUUUAUUUAUUUAUUUAUUUUUGUAUUGUUAGUGUUUUUGUUGUUGUUGUUGUUAGCUAUUGGAGUUGUAAAUUAGUUAUUAGUUAUUUUAGUUUAUUUUAUUAUCUCCUGUAUAUUUUGUGUGGUCAAUAAGUCAUUAAAAAAAUUACGUUUUUAGGGAAUUUCUUUCUUUGGCCACCGUAAAGUGUUGAGAGGUUAAAGGGUGUGGAUUAAUGGAAGGCUAUUAUACUUUGCCAUUGCUUUCAGGAGCCUAUGUGAUUGGCACAACCAGCACCGAGGAGAAAGCGGCAAAAGCAAAGGCUUGUGGUGCAGAUGAAGUCAUUCUGUAUUCCAAAAAAGACUUUGUUCAAGAAGUCAACAGCUUGACUUACGGGGGUGGUGUCAAUGUCGUUUAUGAUGGAGUUGGAAAGGCAACCUUUGACAAAGGUAAGUAUGAUAGGAAACUAUAUCGAUAAAAAGCAACGAAGCUAUGGCUAUAAGGGCUAUUCAGGGUUUUUGUUGAAGUCGACAGACCAGUCAUAAACGUCCGGCUGACUCUUAAUAUUGUAUAGUUUUUACACUACAGCCAUCCGGUUACCAAACACUUCCCUGAAUUCAGUGAAAAAAAAAAAAAAGCUGUCAACGCUUGGUGAGGUCCCGUAUAGAAAUGCUGGGGGUACGCAUCGGAAAAUUUAAAACAAGAAAAACAACAGAAAACUGAAAACUUUUUCGGACUCUUAGUUAGACAGGACGGAAGGAAAAAGGAAACAAGAAAAUAAAGAGAGACAGAGGGAGGUUGGGAGAGAGGUCCCAGAAUCUCUCUUUGUGGGCGUGGCUUAAAUUCAUUUUCACCCCCAAUUUUAAAACAACUCAAUUGGCAUACCAGUUUUCAAUAGCGCUAAACAUGGCUCUUUUGCAUGACAAAUAGCCCUCGUAUUUUUCGCCUAAAUAACCAAAAUACCCCUUAAACGUUCUGCGACAAAGGGAGCUUCUUUUGUGGCAAAUCUCACCGUUCUUUAAUAUUCCAUGUCUUUCGUUCAAUUUGUCAAAUGUUGGUGAAUGUUUCUGGAGUUGAAGCCUAAAGGAAUGUAUCUAAGUUCAGAAAAAGAAAAAGAAAACGGAUUUCUUGUGUACAGGUCCACCAAACGUGAGGCUAGGACGUUUGACGUCCUAGUCAUGCAAAGCAAUGAACAGAAAUGUUUGCAAAAUUGCUGUUUUUCUUUUUAAACCGGCGUGUGGUCAUCGUCGUCGUCGUUGCUUUGAAAGCACCUUCACAACCGUACGACGAAUACCUGUGUCAUCUUCAUAGGGAACUCCCCCCCCCCCCCGAGGAGCGAAUACCGACGGAACUCUCGCUUGCCAGUCCGGUCAUCAGCGGUGCCUGGUAAAAAUGAUAUCGAUGACAAUGAAGAAUAGUGGGUCCAUUCAGAAGAAAUAUUGACAGCACUUUCACAUGAUACUAUUUAUUUUUCAUCAUGAGGACACGACUAGAAAAUUUGUAUCUCUGCGACAAAUCGCACUGAAAUUAAUUGAUGCGACAAAAACUACGCAAAAGAUGGCAAGUGUAAACGGGCCUUAGAAUUUUAUAUAUUUUCCUUUAGGUUUCAAUUGCCUGGCAACACGCGGUACGAUGGUCCUUUUCGGUGGUGCUUCUGGUUACCCAGAAUCUCUCGACCUCAGUCUUCUUUCAUGCGGUUCACGCAGCCUUGUCCAUCCCAAGCUUUUCGACUACGUAUCAACCCCAGAGGAACUCAAGACAAGAGCUGAUGACGUGUUUAAAUGGAUCACCGAAGGAAAGAUUAAAGUGGGAGAUUUUACUGUCCUUCCUCUUUCAGAAGCUCGCAAAGCUCAUGAUAUGCUAGAGGGCAAGAAAACAACUGGAAAAGUCUUACUCAAACCUUGA